CUGCGCAGUGCGCGCCUUCGAGCUAGAGUCAGACCCGAGUSAAGAUAGCUGCUGGUGGGUGGUUAGAGUUGUCGCAACCCGGCGGGUGUGAAAGGGAUCGGGAGUCCUUCCGCCAGCCACCGAUCUAAGUUCAGCAGCGGCCGGGGAAGUAGCCGAAGUGCGGACGCGGCAUGUCCUCGGUGCCUCGGGGCUGACAGUGAACGCGCGGCGGGCGGGAUGGGCCGUCGCCGGCCUCCAGAGCUUUACCGGGCCCCGUUCCCGUUGUACGCGCUUCAGGUCGACCCCAGCGCGGGCCUGCUCAUCGCUGCGGGCGGAGGAGGCGCUGCCAAGACCGGCAUAAAGAAUGGAGUGCACUUUCUGCAGCUAGAACAAAUUAAUGGGCGCCUAAGCGCUUCCCUGCUGCACUCCCAUGACACGGAGACACGGGCUACCAUGAACUUGGCACUGGCGGGUGAUAUCCUUGCUGCAGGGCAGGAUGCCCAAUGUCAGCUCCUGCGUUUCCGGGUCCAUAAGCAGAAAGACAACAAGGCAGAGAAGGCAGGUUCCAAGGAGCAAGGGCUUCGACAAAGGAAGGGGGCAACCCCAGCAGAGAAGAAAUCAGGAGCUGAAACCCAUCCUGAGGGGGGAGAGCUCAAGGUUGAGAAUUUGCAGGCAGUGCAGACAAACUUCGGCUCUGAUCCACUGCAGAAAGUUGUGUGUUUCAACCAUGAUAACACCCUGCUUGCCACUGGAGGAACAGAUGGCUUCGUUCGUAUCUGGAAGGUACCCAGCCUGGAGAAAGUUCUGGAGUUCAAAGCCCAUGAAGGGGAUAUUGAAGACCUGGCUUUGGGGCCUGAUGGCAAGUUGGUAACUGUAGGCUGGGACCUUAAGGCCUCUGUGUGGCAGAAAGAUCAGCUACUGAUGCAGCUGCACUGGCAAGAAAAUGGACCCACCUUUUCUAACACGCCUUACCGCUACCAGGCUUGCAGGUUUGGGCAGGUUCCAGACCAGCCUUCUGGGCUGCGGCUGUUCACAGUGCAGAUCCCCCACAAGCGGCUGCGCCAGCCCCCACCUUGCUACCUCACAGCCUGGGAUGGUUCUUCUUUCUUGCCUCUUCGUACCAAACCCUGUGGCAAUGAAGUCAUCUCCUGCCUCAGUGUCAGUGAAUCSGGCACCUUCCUAGGCCUGGGUACGGUCACUGGCUCUGUAGCCAUCUACAUAGCUUUCUCUCUUCAGCGCCUCUAUUACAUGAGGGAGGCCCAUGGCAUUGUGGUUACAGAUGUGGCCUUCCUACCUGAGAAGGGUCGUGGUCCAGAACUUCUCGGGUCCCAUGAAACUGCCCUGUUCUCUGUGGCUGUGGACAGUCGUUGCCAGUUGCACCUGUUGCCCUCAAGGCGGAGUGUUCCUGUGUGGCUGCUGCUCCUGUUAUGUGUCGGGCUUAUUGUUGUGACCAUCCUGCUGCUCCAGAGUGCCUUUCCAGGUUUCCUUUAGCCUCUUUAGCCCCUGGGAAUCAGGGGCCUGGACACUGCCACCUUCAAGAGCAGAAUAGAGGCCUGGACUCUUAUUACUCCAUUUGGAUCCAUAGUUGAAGCUGCCUCUGAUGAGACUGAUGGGCACUGCUUGCCCUUCUCUGUUAAAGCUUGGUUGUGGCCCUGUGUGAUUCUGGGUCCUGGGAGCCCUGGAUUCAUCACCUGUGGGUCCACCCAAGACACUAAUGUCUAAAGCCUGGACCAUAAAUACUACCUGCCUCCUUCCCUCUGUCUACCAGAGGCUCCAGUGUUGAGCUUGUCCUCCUCCAGGAACAUGUGAAGAUGCUGAAGACCCUGGAGGUACUGCCGUCCUUCUUAAAGAAACAAUCUGUUUCUCCUCCCCUCACAGCCUUCAAAUGAUAAUCCUUGUCUUUGUUGAGACAAGGACUGGCCUGGCACCUACUAUUAAGGCA